UUAGAGUUCCACAAGCAGAAGAGCAGAGAUCUUGCAGCUUGCAUUAACAAACCACAAACACACUGCUGUCUCUCUCUCACACACACACAUUCUUCCUCUCUCUUAUCAACUCUCUCACACACUCACUCACUAACUCGCUCUCUCGCUCGCUUGGUAAGGAUGAGGCCGGCUCUCCAGCUGCUGCUGCUGUGUCACGCAGGCCUGUUUGCGUCAGUCACACCAGAGAACGUUUGUGAGCGCCCUCCUCCUCAGGAUGGAUCAGAGCUCGUUGGGGGGCAGUAUUUUUUCGAGCCUGGGACGGAGAUUAUUCUGAGCUGUAGCCAAGGAUACACACCCUCUGGAGGCUCCCGCAAGAUGGUCUGCAAAUCCAAUGGAGAGUGGACCCAACGUACACUAAAAUGCAUACCAAAACGAUGUCCUGUUCCGGACCCGCCCGAGAACGGAAAUGCGCAUUUCGACAACAUUGUCUACAAAAGUACCAUCACGUACUCCUGUGACGAAGGGUUCAUCCUGCGUGGUGCCAGGUCCAGCGAGUGUUUACACACCAGCCGGUGGAGCAAUCCUCCUCCAGAGUGCGAACCUGUUACUUGUGGUCUUCCUCAUAUUCCACCUUACGCUAAAAUAGUGUACGACCGGCCGUUUAAAGGGAACGUCACAAAUUUUGGUUUUGGAGGGGAGUAUCAGUGCCGACCUCCGAUGGUUCUCUUCGGCAACAAAAGAGCGACCUGUGGGGCCGAUGGCUUCUGGACUGACCCACCAGAGUGCAGGCUGGUGCUGUGUCCUGUGCCCACCAACAUAGAGAACGGCUUUCUGUCAUUCGCUGCCCAGAGAGAGUACGGCUAUAAGGAGAGAGUGAGGUAUGGCUGCAUAGAUCCGUUUGUGCUGGACGGGCCGAUGGAGGUUGAGUGUGAAGAAACGGGUUUUUGGUCCAGAAAGCCCGUCUGCAGAGCUCCUUGCACUGUUGACAUUAAAGUGGGACGCAUCUUAUACAAAGGUCAAAAAAUCUGGAUUGAAAAUUUCAAGCCCAACCAGGUCCUUCACUCUGAGGAGAUAGCUGUGUACUGUCUGAAUAAGGAGCGGAAUUGUGGUUAUCCUGCAACAACCCAGUGCUUCGACAGAGUCCUGCAGAUUCCUAGGUGCUAUGAAGAGCCCAGCAUGGAAACCUACAAAACAAACCCUAAUUCUCUGCCUUCUGAGAUCAACAUGUGCUUGUGAUCACCUGCAGAGGAGAGGAGGACAGAAGGAAGAGGAGAAGAGGCUCUUUGGUUUGACUGAAGAAAAAUACUAAUGAUUCAUGUUUGAAUCUUCAGAAUGAGAGUAACAACGUAAUGAUCCAGUUAAUCUCUCCAGUAAAUCUCUCAAAGCUCACAAAUAAAGUGCCUUAAACAGAGA